GUCUUUCGUCCGACAACAGGAAGUGGGCUAAGGGUAUCAGUUGAGCUAAAGUUCGGAACCAUCGACAUUCGGAACCAGCUGAUGCUUACUUGAUUUAACUUACAGGUUUUAAAUAGUACCGUAUCAUGAGUGGCUACCAGAGUGUUAGUUUCGACCCCAGUGAGCACCAGCAUCUGCGUUACAACCCACUGCGAGACAGCUGGGUCCUGGUCUCGGCCCACCGUAUGAAGAGACCCUGGGCUGGUCAGAUGGAAAAACCUCCACAAGAGCAGAUCCCUAGACACGAUCCCCACAACCCUCUCUGUCCUGGGAAUCCAAGAGCAAAUGGAGAAGUCAAUCCAAACUAUGACAGUACUUUUGUGUUUCCAAACGACUUCCCUGCUCUUCAGCCUGAUGCCCCGGAUCCUGGUUUGGAACAGGACCCGCUAUUUCAGUCUAAAGCUGCCAGGGGUGUUUGUAAGGUCAUGUGUUUUCAUCCCUGGUCUGACAUCACCCUCCCUCUCAUGAAAAGACAAGAAGUUGUCAAGGUGAUUGACAAGUGGGCGGAGCUUUUAGAGGAUCUGGGUGCUACAUACCCUUGGGUUCAGAUCUUUGAGAAUAAAGGCGCUAUGAUGGGCUGUUCAAAUCCACAUCCUCACUGCCAGGUGUGGGCGAGCAGCUUCCUUCCCAACGAACCGGCUCUGUCAGACCGCUCCCAGAGAAUGUACUACCAGAAACACGGAGAGCCGAUGCUGGUUCGGUACGCCAAGCAAGAGGCAGAGAAAAGGGAGCGUGUGGUGGUGGAGAAUUCUGAUUGGCUGGCUGUGGUUCCAUAUUGGGCAACGUGGCCCUACCAGACACUGCUGUUACCACAACGACACAUCCUCAGAAUCAAUGAUCUAACAACAGAAGAGAGAGAAGGUCUAGCGGACAUCAUGAAGCGACUGUUGACCAAAUAUGACAAUCUGUUUGAAGUUUCUUUUCCCUACUCCAUGGGCUGGCAUGGAGCUCCAACUGGUCCUUAUUUAAAAGAAGACAACUCGCACUGGCAACUUCAUGCUCAUUACUACCCUCCUCUUCUGCGUUCAGCCACAGUUAAGAAGUUUAUGGUCGGGUAUGAGAUGCUCGCUCAGGAGCAGAGAGAUCUCACCCCAGAACAGGCUGCUGAGAAGCUAAGAAAUCUUCCAGAAGAGCAUUACAAAACAAGAAACAACUGUGAUAAAGAGGAUGAAAAGGAAAAGUCAAAGUGAAACAAACCAAAAUGGAAGGCCCUCUGUACAUUUAAAGGUCAAUCAGUGAAUCCCUUUAAAAGAAAUGGAAAGUAUUCUGUGGUGUAUUUCUCUGCACAAAAACUACCCUAUAAUUGUAAUCUACUUUUUUGCUAAAUGUUUAAUUUUGUCUAGACUAUGCAUGCGGAUGUGGAAAAAUAUAGGCAUUAGCACAACAUUGUGGAAAAUAAAGUAGAUUUUUUCUGGCAGAACAGAAAAUUUGACACCAACUGCUGAAUAGGCUCUUCUCACUGUUUUGAAUUUUGCUAAGAUAUGUAACCAAUGUGAAGGAAAUCUUAUUUUUUGUGUUUGAUUUACCUCUCUGUUCUCUUACCAGCAGUCUAUUUUGGCUUUAAUGUCCUACUUCACAGCAGAUGGCAAAAUAAAUGAUUCUAUCCAGUAUUUGCAAACAUCUACUGUUUAUACCUCUGAAACACAUUUUUAUUGAGUGCUGUCAAAGAAACCUAUCAGAGUGCCUUUGUUGAUGCAGAAUUAAGAUGCUCCAUACUGAAACAGUUUAUAUUUUAAAAAUACAUUUGUGUGCAAACAGAUUCUUAUUGUCCGUUAAAACUUGAAAUAAUAAAAAUACAACUGUGAUUCAAGUGUAAAUUAUAUAUUUGUAAUUUCUUCCAUUUAAAUUGAUCAUUUUUUGUUUUCAACUAAAAUAGCAAAUAAAGAAAUCUUGUUUGUCAGUGAAA